AUGGGGACGGUUUUUGGGCGAAUUCAUGAAGAGACUCCCCAGUACGAGAGCUUGGGGUUCAUUGGGCCCCAACAAGACAUCGAGAUCCGCCGCUACGAACCGGUGUAUGUGGCGUCUGUGUCGUCGAAGGACAUCCCAGGGGUUGCGACAAAUGUCCAGUUCACGCGCAUGGCGUUUGGGGCCCUGGCGCGCUACUUUGGUGUGUUUGGGAAGCCAGAGAACAAGUCGCAGUUGGGUGAAAACGGCCCCGGCGAAGCCAUUCCGAUGACGUCCCCUGUGGUCGUGUCAACAGCGGAGAACUUGGAGGCCGAAGGAGGCGAGCCUAUCAACAUGACCGUGCCUGUGGUGAUGUCAACGUCGAACGACAGCGUUGACAUGUCGAUGAGUUUCUUGCUGCCGUCCAAGUACACCGCGCAAGGAACGGCACCUCCAACUCCGUUGGACCCGAAAGUGCGCAUCAAGAAGCUCGAUUCGCGCCUCGUCGCGGUCAAAAAGUUCUCAGGGGAGCUCACCAAGAACACCGCUGAAGCUGCGGCUGCCGAAGUGAUUGGCGUGAUUGACAUUGAAGGCAAGUUCCAGAUGAAGCGAAACGAGCACGGCCGACCUGCAUGGGAGUACAUGGGGUACAACGCCCCGUACACCCUGCCUUGGUUCAAGACCAACGAAGUCGCUGUCUUGUUGGACGAUAUAAUUUUGACGUCGUCGAGCUCAAGUGCCGACGAAUAA